CUGGCCAACAUUGUAAUCUAUGUUUGUGCCAUCACCGUGGGCAUCAUGUCGUACUACAUGGCUGACCGGAAACAUCGGAAGGCCUUUCUGGAGGCAAGACAGUCACUGGAGGUCAAACUCAAUCUGGAGGAGCAGAGCCAGCAACAGGAACGUCUGCUGCUCUCCAUCCUUCCAAAGCACAUAGCUGAUGAGAUGCUUCAAGACAUGAAGAAGGAGCCUAGCCAGAAAGAGAUGCAGCAGUUCAACACCAUGUACAUGUACCGACACGAAAACGUCAGUAUUUUGUUUGCAGACAUCGUGGGCUUCACCCAGCUGUCGUCGUCCUGCAGCGCUCAGGAGCUGGUCAAACUGCUCAACGAGCUUUUUGCUCGCUUUGACAAACUGGCUGCAAAAUAUCAUCAGCUGAGGAUCAAGAUUCUGGGAGACUGCUACUACUGUAUCUGUGGGCUGCCAGACUACAGGGAGGAUCACGCUGCCUGCUCCAUCAUGAUGGGCCUGGCCAUGGUGGAGGCCAUCUCGUAUGUCCGAGAGAAGACCCAGACGGAUGUCGACAUGCGGGUCGGAGUGCACAGUGGUACAGUCCUGGGCGGAGUGCUGGGGCAGAAACGCUGGCAGUACGACGUCUGGUCCACAGACGUCACUGUGGCCAAUAAAAUGGAGGCUGGAGGGAUACCAGGUCGUGUCCACAUCUCGCAGAGCACCAUGGAGUGUCUACAUGGUGAGUUUGAUGUGGAGCCAGGGAACGGAGGUGACCGCUGUGACUACCUGAGGGAGCGGGGCAUCGAGACCUACCUGGUAGUUGUUCCUAAAGGACCUGUGGGAAAGAAUGGCAUCAACGGUGUAAAGCUGUCUGUAACCUCUUCCAAUGGAAACUCCCCGCUGUUGAUUAACACCACAGAGUGUAACGGCAGUGUUAACACAGCCUGCACCACACCCGAGGAACCGGAAGAACUGGACACAAGGGUGGUGAAUCCAUCUUUCCCUAACCCUCGGAGAAGGCUGCGGCUGCGGGACCUUGCUGAAAGGGUGAUUGAUGCUCAGGAGAAUGAACAGGAGCUCAACAAACUGCUCAAUGAGGCUCUGCUGGAGAGAGAGACAGUCCAAGCUCUGAAGGGGAAACACACAAACAGGCUCUCCCUGAGGUUUGUGGAUCCAGACCUGGAGACUCGUUACUCGGUGGAGAAGGAGAAACAGAGCGGAGCUGCCUUCUGCUGCUCCUGUGUGGUCCUGCUCUUCACUGCAGCGAUGGAAGCACUCAUAGACCCCUGGCUGAUUGCAAACUACAUCACCUUUGCAGUGGGCGAGGUACUGCUGCUUAUCCUGACAAUCUGUUCUCUGGCCGCCAUCUUCCCUAGAGCGGAGCCAAGGCCAGGGUUGUCAGGAGAUGUGGCUCACCAUUUCAGCCUGGCUUAUAAGUAUUUAAGGUGGCUGCCAACUCUGCCCACGUUCUCUUUUGUUUCCCACAGCACCAUGCACCACACCUGGGACACUCCAGCUUUUCAUUUUUAGACUUAUUAUGUAGCUUUUACUUUUGCAUUCACUACAUUUUACACCCACCAUAAACUCAUGACACUCCUGAUAAUACUGAUUUCCAUGUUUGCCUUGAAGUUUAUGUUUAGUUGAUACAAUAAAACCAUUAAGCUUA